AUGGCGGAUAUGGAUUAUAAAUGUACUUGUUUAAUAAUAAUUUUGAACUUGCUUUGCAUUGUGAGGGCUUGCAUUGAUUAUGAUCUUGAUAUAAUCUUUACAGACAAAAUAAGUGUUGUGUGUGAUGAACGAGAUAUUGAAGCAGUUGUCGAAGAUCUUUCCAGAAGAAAUAUAACUUUUCUUUAUAAGGAAGCCAACAAUGUAUUUGCUUUCAAGCUUCAACAAGACUACACCCACGAACUAAAUGAAGAUGAAAUAGCUGCUAUAUACAAAAGCUAUCAGGGCGAUUCCAACAAAAAUAAAAUAUCGAAGAUACAAUUUGUACAACAAGGGGAAGAUCACUUUGCAAAGCAAGACUUCAUACCUGUCGAAAAUCAUGAGCAAGGGAUUGAACACGCAACGAGACGCAAAAGAGACGAGGAAAAAGAUUCCUCCGGCUUGGUUUGUAGUCCAUUUUACGACAAAGCCCAUGGCAUUGAGCAAGCCUGGAUAGAUGGCUUCACAGGAAAAGAUGUCGUCAUUGCUGUUUUAGAUGUCGGUGUUGACAUGGAACAUCCGGAACUGAAACAGAAUAUUGCAAAAAGUAUUUCAAAAAGUUUUGUCAUGGAAACAGAUGACCCCGGAGCAACUAUACAUGGCUAUUAUCCAGAGGCACGAAAAGUUUCCAACCAUGGCAAUGCUUGUGCAAGCGUUGCCGCUGGGGUCAGAACAAAUGCAACUUGCGAUCUAUGCAGUAUUGGAGUUGCUUUUGAUGCCAAAAUAGCAGUUUUGAAAGUCGGUACUGUAGUAGACGGACGUGAACGGUUUUACCCGUCUAUCGAAACCCCUGCAUACGCCGCAGCUCUUGGAUACAGAAAUGAUGUUAUUCAGAUAUAUUUAUGUGGUUGGGACUUCGAAAGACCUUUUACAAAGCUAGAUAUUGGAGCUGAAAAAGCAAUUGAAGAAGGCUACACAUACGGACGGAAUGGACAUGGCACAUUUUAUAUCGUUCCCUCCAGUCGACCCGGAAAUGCAUUUGCAAACAGUCCUUACACGAUAACAGUAAAUAGUUUUGGAAUUAAUGGAUCUUUGCCUGGAAGAAGAUACAUUAAUUCGGCAACGUUAGUUUCUGCCUUUGGCGAUGGAAAAACUCGGAAUGCAUCUGGAAUGUGUACUGCUACCCAUAUAGAACUGGCAGUUGGCGGUAUGUUUUGCUCUCAUGAAUUUCGUGGACCAUCAUCAGCAGUUUCAAUAAUAGCGGGCAUCAUCGCACUCGUUUUACAGAACAGACCGACAUUAAGCGUACGUGAAGUUAAGCACCUUCUUGUUGAUUCAGCUGGUCACGAAGGUUUAGCAGAAACAUCAAACUUUGUCAAAAAUGGAGCAGGGAAAGCGUACCAUCCUGCGUUUGGUUUUGGCUAUCCAAAUGUGCCUAAAAUGAUUGAUUUAUCUGGAGGAAUCUCUAAAUUGGCGCCACUGGUUACGAACUUAGCAUGCAGAGAGGGUGACAGAAAAGAACGUGAUAAGUCUGUCGUGGAAUUUUUUGAAUGGUGUGACCUAGAAAUUGAACAGGUAAUGGUAGAGGUCGGAAUGCAACUUCCAAAAGAAGAAAAUGUUGUUCUUGUUCUGAUAUCGCCAUUUGGAACUAAUGCGACUCUGAUGGACACGGUAUUGAAUACAAUUCCUGGUGAAAGUGAUAGAGUCGAACUUCGACACAUCCAGACGCGUUUUUUGGCCAAUGCGUUUUGGGGAGAAAGCAGUUACGGCAACUGGCGGCUGGAAUUGUACGUCAGGAAUCAGAAACUCUAUUCGCCAAUUGAUCUCAAGAACCUGAAGUUGCAUAUCCAUGGGACACAACCGGACAAAGAUUUAAUUCAAAACUGCUCGCCAGUAUGUAACCAACAUACUCCAACGAUUUCAAAAGAAGAAGAAAAAAAGCCAAUUUCUUUAACCAAUACCCAAUCCAAACCAAUCGUCUUAGUGGUAGCUCUAGUGAUAGUCAUGAUUAUUGUUAUAAUACUACUGUAUUUUUUUGCUAGGAUAUAGUAAUGGUAGGCGCGAUUCCGUGUGUGUGUGUGUGUGUGUGUGCGUGUGUGCGUGCGUGUGUGCGUGCGUGCGUGCGUGCGUGCGUGCGUGUGUGCUCGCGCGUCCGGCCCACAUUUAUUUCUUUGCAUCUCCUCUUACAUUUCUCAUGCGGUUUGUACCAAACUUUCACAGAUUGAUGAUCAUGAAGUGAAGCAGCGCAUAUUUUCGGGCUUUCCCGAUUCGACCAUUUUUGCAAGAGUUAUUGCCCUUUGCUUAUUUUACAUUUAAAAUUGGUUUCUUCGCAACUCCUCUUACGUUUUUCAUGCGAUUUCUACCAAACUUUCACAGAUUGAUGAUCAUAAAGUGAAGCAGCGCAUAUUGUCGGGAUUUGACCAUUUUUGAAAGAGUUAUUGCCCUUUGCUUAUUGUACAUUUAAAAUUGGUUUCUUCGCAACUUCUCUUACGUUUUUCAUGCGAUUUCUACCAAACUUUCACAGAUUGAUUAUUAUGAAGUGAAAAAGCGCAUAUUGUCGGGCUUUCCCGAUUCGACUAUUUUUGAAAGAGUUAUUGCCCUUUGCUUAUUUUAAAUUUAAAAUUGGUUUUUUCGCAACUGCUCUUACGUUUUUCAUGUGAUUUCUACCAAACUUUCACAGAUUGAUGAUCAUGAAGUGAAGCAGCGCAUAUUGUCGGGCUUUCCUGAUUUGACCAUUUUUGAAAGAGUUAUUUCCCUUUGCUUAUUUUACAUUUAAAAUUGGUUUCUUCGCAACUCCUCUUACGUUUUUCAUGCGAUUUCUACCAAACUUUCACAGAUUGAUGAUCUUAAAGUGAAGCAGCGCAUAUUGUCGGGCUGUCCUGAUUUGACCAUUUUUGAAAGAGUUAUUGCCCUUUGCUUAUUGUACAUUUAAAAUUGGUUUCUCCACAACUGCUCUUACGUUUUUCAUGCGAUUUCUACCAAACUUUCACAGAUUGAUGAUCAUAAAGUGAAGCAGCGCAAAUUGUCGGGCUUUCUGAUUUCCUGAUUUGACCAUUUUUGAAAGAGUUAUUGCCCUUUGCUUAUUUUACAUAUAAAAUUGGUUUCUUCGCAACUCCACUAACGUUGAUGACUAUAAAGUGAUGCAGCGCAUAUUGUCAGGCUUUUGCAAUUUGACCUUAUUUGAAAGAGUUAUUGCCCUUUCUUAAUUUUACGCAUUUCUUAUGUUCCUGAGAAACUACCCUUACCAUUGAUUGGCUUUCGUUACAAAAAAAAUGCCCCAUGAGGCGGGGGAUAUAGCUGUCUGUGACCGCUCUUGUUGUAAAUAGAAAUGGUAAUACUUGGUUAAUCUUUUGUUUAGUAAGUGCGAAAUCCAUGAGAAAGAAGUGCAGCUAAAUCAGCUCAUUUUAAAGAAAUUAUCGAAACUAUAUUUAGUCAUGAAGUGAAAGAUGCUGGUAUACCAUUGUCACAUACGUAAGAUAUAAGUGUUUUGAUGAAUUGCGAUACCUUAAAUGUGUUGUAUAGUAUUACAUCAUCGGAGGAUAUGCAAAAUAAUGUUAAAUGUGUUCAUGGGCCUGUUUAAGCAAAGAGUCAAAUUUAACUUAAAUGAAAAUCUGAAGAGUCGCUGUGAAUCACCUAAAGCUUUGUUCUUCGUUCUACGUUCUACAGAUCAUUUGGUAGAUUUGAAUGUAAAAUUCGGCAAUCGGUUCCCGAAAAAAAUACCAGUGAUAGAUUAUACACAUAAUUAUGUGUGUCUGUCUGUGAAUGUGCGUGCGUGCGUGCGUGCGUGCGUGCGUGUGUUUAAAUUUCACAAUACAUGUGCAUGUAGUUAUAUUAUCCAUACAAAUGAGGGAUGGUCUAUAACAUUUUGGGAAAAUAUGUGUUUUUGAAAGAGUUAUUGCCCUACAUCCGUUCAUAUAGAAUUAGUUGACUUGCAUUGUAUUGGAAUGUUUGAUUCAGGGAUAAUAUUGACAUUUUUAAACAAACAUCUUGUAUGUAUAUAUGUAUAUAGGUACAAAUGGCGUUUCUCAUAUUUGUAAGAUCUUAAAUGGUGAUAUUUUACUGUAUUUUGUUCUUGCCUGUAUUAUGUAAGAUGUUUAAUAGACUGUGUCUGUAUUACAUGUUACAAAUAACCCUACUGCUCAGUAUUAGUAUUCAGCUUAAAGCUUAUCAGUUAAAAAGGUAUAUGAUUUAGUGUUUUCCAGUCUCUGGCCAAGUAAGUGCAACAAAGUAGAAUAUACCAUCAGUGAAAAGGUACAGACGGGUACACAAUACCUUAUGUUACGGGAUCAGGGAGAUUAUGUCACCUUGUUCCUACUGUUGAGGGUUUUAAUAAAUAAUUGGUGUCCUUAAUAAUGUUAAAGAACAAACACAUAUUAACGUGUUUUAUAAUCAGUUUUAUAAUUCAAAUAAAUGUUUUUGCAACAAGAAAAAAUAAUUGUUAAUAUUUAACUAAAUUUAUUCCAUGCUAGAUAUAUUUACAUUGUGAGCUUGUUUUUUCAGGGUAUUGGUGUUAUAUUUAUGAUUAAAUAAAUUAUUGAUGUUCA